GAUAUUUGACAAUGUAUUAUUUAUAUUUUCAUACUUGUUUUUAAAUUCAAAAAAAUUUAUUUAUUUUUUAGGUAGAUAUAAUUCUAGCGCAUAGUUAUAAGAUGGAUAAUCUUUUUUUUUAGUUUAAUAAAAAAAUAAACUACAUAGGAAACUAUAUUUAAAAAAAUUAAAAAAGUUUUAAAACAGAUAUGGAAAAUUUCAAAGAUGUACAUGUAUUUCAUACAUCCUCCCAAGGAAAUAUUUACACGAUAGUUGAAUUACCAAUGACCAAUGGCUCAACUAAACUGCUGGUGGCCUCAUUAAAAAGAGAAAUUUUUUGUUUUGAAUUCCAGGAAUCGUCCUCAGGCUGUUUGAUUCCUUCUAGCAAAGAAGUUUCAUUUACUUAUAUUCCCAAUGGAGCUGAAAUUAUAUCUAUGGACGCAUUUAGCAAGAAUUGUAGUAGUAAUGAAAUCAUAAUAGGAAUCACUAUAAUAAAGAAUAGUAGUGAUUCUGAAGGUCGUCUUGACACUUAUUUGAAUAUCUAUUCUGGAGAAGAUACUGAAGAAUUUAAUAUUGAAAAUGUGGCUCAAAGCUGCUUAAAUGUGGAACUUAAUUUUAUUCCCUACAAGCUUUUACAUACUUAUUUAGUGAUUUGGGAUGAUGGAGUCAUAAAUAAAGAGGUAGUGUUCGUGCUAUCUGGUAGUGAUAACCAAGUACAUGUCUAUAAGGAAAAUACAGCAGAUCAUAUUUAUAAAGAAAUAGAUAAUCAAGAAUGUUUUCCAGAAUUUUGUAAAACACCGAGUCCAGUAAUAUGGAUUGAUAUUUAUUAUUCCUCGGACUUUUUAGAGAGAGUAACAACUUUCGCUUGUGAAUGUGGAUAUGUAAAGUUAUUAAAAGUUGAUGUGAGAAACAAUAAAUUAAUUUAUAAUUUUUCAACAAGAUUUGGUAACUAUAUCUCAAGAGUAUACAUCAGUCCAGAAAAUGACGCGCCUGAAAAUAAAUUAAUUGAAGAAAGUACAAUGUUCAAAGAAAUUGAAAAGAAAAAUGACGAGAGUAAACAUUUAGACAAAAGAUUGAAUUUAAUUGUUGUAAAUACAAUAUUACCAGGCGUUAUUUUUCAUGAUAUUCUAAACUAUGGUCUUAGUAAUUAUUCAACUCUACCUAGAUUGGAUAGCACCAGCAUUCUGACUUGUUGCGAAGUCACCGAUAUUGAUUUUGAUGGAGAAAAAGAAAUUCUAAUAGGAACUAGUUCAGAGGAAAUUAUGAUGUAUAAAAGAGAUUCAAAGAAAAUUUGGUGGUUAGAAGAAGUAAAAAAAGUAACUGCACCAAUUUUAGGAAUUAAAUGUGUUGAUAUGACUGGAGAUGGUGUUAAAGAUUUAGUUAUUUUUUCAAUGAAAGGAGUACAAGUAUUGCAGCUCGAACAUGAUUUUCUUCAAAAAGUUUUGAACAAAAAAAUUGAAAAGCUUACAGUACCUGAUAUUUCUCAAUUGAAAAUAUAAAUAUUGACUUAAAUAAGGACAACUUGAUGUAAUAUAUUUUAUAAAUAAAUACAGGACACGUUUAUUUGCUGUAACGUUUGUUUAAUUUAUUUAUAGUUUAUUUAUUUAAAACACUUUAUUUAUAACGUACCAAUCUAUAUAUAUAUAAAAUUGUUUGUCCUGACUGACUGACUGACUGACUGACUGACUGACUGAC